AUGGCGGCGAAGUUUUCACUACUGCUAGUAGCCUUCCUCUUCCUUCACUCCGCCAUUCCAGCAACCGUCGUGGAUUGUUUCCAGCACGACGAGCCAGGUGGGGAUGGUGUCGAACACCACUCCACGCCUCGCCACAUGGCGCUGCUAGUCGAUUUCGGUGAUCAUGAUGAGACAUCGUUUUAUCAAUAUAUAGCAAUGGAAACUGAUGAAAAUGAUGCAGAGGAUAUUGAUGAGUUGAUUUCAUCGGAGUUGGAUUUGGAGGAAGGAUGGACGUCCGGGCUAGCUUAG